CCCCAAAAUUUCAAUAAAGAAAAGAAGAAAAAGAACCCAAGUUUGGGCUAAUGGCGCCAACCCAAGUAGCAAUGGAGGACCAAAAACCACUACAACGAACCAGUAGCAGCACCAGUGCCAAAACCUGGGGGCACUUGGAGACCAGCAAAGCGGCGGAGCCGGUGUGGCUCAUGAAAUGCCCGCCCAAUGUCGCCAAAUCGUUCAAGGCUCACUCCGCCGAGGACGGCGGAGGCGCGGCGUCGGAGGCUGGUGGCUCCGGCCCCGUCGCCAAGGUCAUUCUCUCGCUUGACCCUCUCAACUCCAAUAACGAACCCAAGUUCACCAUGGAACUGGCGGCAACAGAAUCUGCGAAUACGCCCAAGUGUUACGUUUUGGAUAUGUCCAGGGACUUUGUGCCAAUGUCUGUGUUUUCGGAGUCAUCGGAAGGAAAGUUAUCUGUGGAGGGAAAAAUCUUCAACAAGUUUGAUAUGAAACCCCAUGAUGAGAAUCUUGAGAAUUAUGGGAAACUUUGCCGUGAACGAACAAAAAAGCAUAUGAAAAGUAGAAAGAUUCAGGUGAUCGACAAUGACAAUGGGGCUCAUAUGAGGCCAAUGCCAGGGAUGAUUGGUUUUGUGGCUCCUGGACCCAGUGAUAAGAAGAAAGUGCCAACGAAGGGAUCAGAAAUGAAGAGAACAAGGAGGGACCGUGGAGAAAUGGAAGAUAUCAUGUUUAAGCUCUUUGAGAGGCAACCUAAUUGGACAUUAAGACAAUUGAUCCAAGAGACUGAUCAACCCGAACAAUUUCUGAAAGACAUACUUAAAGAUCUCUCUGUCUACAACAACAAGGGAGCUAAUCAAGGCACAUAUGAGCUGAAACCAGAAUACAGGAGAACAAGCGAGGAUGCAGCUCCCUAA